CUUCAACCGAUUUAUUUUUUCUGCUUUUUUCAGUCAUGAUUUCUUUAUCCGACUCGAGUGUAGCGACUACUUCUUUUGCCUUUGAUCGUGCUACGCAGACUACAUAUCUUGGUGAAACACCCAACGGUAUAACAUGCUUUAAAGGAACUGCAAGUUUGGACUGGGCUAUUGGGGAAGUGCCAAAUGUAAGUUACGUUGUCGCAUUAAUGACAGACAGUGUCCUGCAACACUUUUCCCAGCGGUAUCAAAAGCAUACCGUGGCCUUGAACUGUUUCUUCUUUCGGAAAACACUGGCGGCUCCCUUUAUCAUUGAAAUCGAGCCCCUGAAAAUGAGCAGCAAAGGUUACUGUGUUGUCAAAGUCAGCCUCAAGCAAUCCAAGGAUCCUAGAUCAAGCACUGUACCUUCCAGCAUUGAUCAAUACGAUCCUACCAUUUAUGUCGAGAAGGUGCACGGGAUCUUUACGAUGGGCAACAUGGACAACGAGCAAGGCGUGACCCACUUUCACGAUGCGCCCAAAGCGCCUACGAAAGAUACUAUGGUGCCAUAUAAAUAUGUGUUUAUGGGCGAAUUUUUGACUUCCAAACUGGAUAUGAGCACAGCCCCUCGACAGCCCGAUGGCAGCCUGGCCACACCCAAGAGCGCAGAAAUACUUCCAGGAAAACCUGAAGUAUCGCAUUCGAUGCAAUUCUCAGACGGUCGACCGAUCGAUUUCAAGAGUAUGCCGUAUUGGUGUGACAUGUUUAUCACUCCUCCCGCUCUGUUAGGCCCCAACAUCCUGGGUGGGCCAGUGUGGUGUCCUACCAUGCAACUCGAAGUUCAGUUCAAACGUGUACCGUCAGGCAAGGAAAUCUUGGGUCAUUACAAAGCCCCGCAUAUCAUCAAUGGUCGAUUUGACUUGGACGGCGAAGUAUUCGAUUCCGAAGGAAAUCUCUUGGCCUUGACUCGCCACCAAUGUCUUGUCGUCCCAUGGAGUCGCAACUCCAAAACCACUCCCAAAGCUAGAAUAUAAAAUACAUACAUUACAAUCAAACUAUACACAUAACUAUAGACAUUCUCAUUACAAAGUUUCCUAUGAUCAUUUCAUUUCUGCCAUUGCAUUGAAUGAAGGCGAAUCAACACAUUGUUCAUUGCCGUUCAUACAAACGAGUAAUUCGCUUUGAUGUUGCAUCAAGUGAACAAAAAAAGUUACACACUUAUAUUACAUAACAACACAAGGAUGGCAGUAUAAAAACACGCAGUCCAGACUGAGAAAAGUGCACCGAAUGAGAUCAACCAUGGUUCUCGCUCCAACAUGUUCGAAGUAAAACGUAAUGACAAAUUUUGGUAUUGGUGACUUUGCGGUAAUCUUACGUCGGAAUGCCAUGAUCUGUAAGCAGCUUGGUUGAUAGCUUCAAAGAGCCAGAUCAGG